GCACGCGCCCGCGCGCGGUCACCCGACAGCUGUCAAUCACUUCACGCGCUCACUUUCUGAGACUUUAUUUAGGCUACUGUAUUUAUUAACUUUUUUAUAUUCACAUUACAGAUAUUUUAUAUAGCCUAUUUAUCUUUAUAUAGCGCUCCAGGCACGCGCAGACAACUAAAUCACCGGGCAGCGCACGAAAACAACAGAGUUCAUUUUAUUCAAUCAAAAACUCCUUCAAAACCUCAAGAAGAAUAAACGGAUCAGAACGGAAAUAGUGGAUUCGUUCCAAUUAAAAUGCGUCGCUGGAAAGUUGCUGAGGUUGCUGUACUGCUGUUUUUGGUGGGGUGUGUUCAUGCGCUGGACCGCACACUCAUGCUGUCCAAUGAGAGGAGCUCGAUAGAGAGAACAUACGAGCUGACCAAAUACCUGGACCACCAGCUGAAGGAGAUCAGAGACACCUACCUGUCGUACCUUGGGCCUCCAUUCAGUGAUCCCGGCUUCUCUCCUCCACGUCCCAACAGCUCCUCUCUGUCCGUGCCCAGUGCAGCUACACGCGUGGACUUGUGGCGCGGGCUGGAGAACGGUGCCCGUCUGGCACAGAACCAGCGGGCGUACAGCAUUCUCCUGUGUGCCGUGAGGGAGCUGGCGCGCUCCACCCUGUGCCCGUACCUCCAGAGCUCUCUCCUGCACUUUUGCUCCGGCCUCAGCGGGUUACUCGGCUCAAUAUCCGGCCUGAUGAACGCCCUGGGCUACACCAACCUGCCACCCUCCACAGGAUACGCCACACCCGCCCAAGGAUACGCCCCACCCAUGUCGUCACAGUUUCAGGGCGUGAGCGAGAACAGCCCCGCCCCUCUACGGAGUUACGUGCCUCGAAACAAAGGCGCUCACACCGCCUCCGGUGUGAGAGAGGGAACGACUCGGGCGGACCUCAAGCGGGACAGAGAGAGGGAGAGUAGGAGGAGAGGGAGGAGGAAAGAAGGAGAAAGUUGGGUCGCCAAAGAGGAGGGAGAAAAGGAGGAAGGAAUGGAGAGAUGGGGGAAAAGGAGAAGACUGCUGAGCUUGGAGGAGGAGAAAAUGAUCAAACUGAACAACAUGAACUACACAACUUUAAAAGUUGGAGACGGAGACAGAAAGCAGCCCCUACUCUUUUCCUCACCAUCCCUCCAUCCUCGUCGAUCUAUCCGUUCCCUGCCGCCUCGUCACGCUGGUCUCUCUCCUCUCUCGCUCCUCUAUCAGUACGGAGGGCCGGCCGCCGAGGUUCACGCUUUGCUGGCGGCCCCUGUGCUGUCAUCACAUCCCACUCCUAAUGACUUCUCCCGGAAAGUUGAGGGGUUUUGGGUCCUGCGGGAGCUGCAGAGCUGGCUGUGGAGAUCCGCGAAAGACUUCACCAGACUGAAGAAACGGCUACGCGCUUGAGAGAGAACCUAGUGAGCUGCCUCGCUGCCCUUUCAUAGACCAAAAAAAGGUUGUCUAUUGUCAAUAGUGUAGCGAUGUAUGAAGGACAAGUCACUUUCAGACCUAGUAGUUCUCAUCAAAUUCACAUGACCAACUAGAACCUGUUGCGAAAUUUGCAUCUAAGCAAAAUUCCCAAUUGCAUGGAUUCCUAUUGAAAUGACUGGAUUUCACCCAAAAAAAUAUGCCGAACAGCAGUAAAUGUGGCAUACAGCAUCUUAACAAGGAUGACUGAAGCCUUAUUAAUUAAUAAUCCAACCGAUUCCAACAGAGUUUGAUGAUAGCUUGUUGCUAAGCUAACAACAUGACACUCCAAUCACAAUAAAAAGCACAAAAGGCAUACUGUACAUUUUGGGUAAAAUAGUCAGGCAGGCAGUUACUGUGAAUUUUUGAUACUUUUCAACAUUGAAUGAAACAUACAUAGGUUUAACUAGAUUUCUAAUGCUUCAGCCACCAUGUUUACUUGCUUUUAGCAGUGCAUUCCGGGAUUGUCUUAUUUGCAAUCGAUAGAUGCAAUGCUGCCCCACUUUGGUCAAAACCAAAUGUCGUCCAUGUCAGGAGCUUGGAUAUGAUGCCUGUGGAAGCAGCUCACUAGGUUUUGGAACAGAGCAGAAGUGUGUGUGAAACAGAUUGAUUCAUGCUCUAUGGAUGGAGAUCUAAGGACUUGGUCAGAUGGUCACGCUUUGCACUAAAUAACCAAACAGAAAAGAGCCGCCAGUACGUCACAGACAAAGGGAAGAGAGCGCUCAUUGAGAGAGCGAGACGUGAUUCAGCAGAAGGAAAGUGAAUCAUGUCUGGAGUCAUGCAGUAGUGAAAGGGUCACUGGGCAAACUGGAGGAAAUGUGGCAUAACUAAAGAGACAAUGGAGAUUUUUUGCUGCCUCACAAACUGAGUCAGUAAUGCCUCAUUGACACUGACUCGUCUUUUUCCAGACACACACAAAUACACACCUACACAUUUGGAAACAAAUGCACAAAUUUGAUGCUCAGAUGGUGUGUGUGUAGGAACAGAAAAGUGACCAUGAAAGUUUAAUUUUCGGGCAUGGUACCAUGGUAAUAAUGUUUUCUUGAAAUGUACAAUGAUAACAAGCAUGGUGAUUUUUGUAGACACGUGCAGUACUGUGUAAAUACCAUGGUACGUGAAUGUGAUAAUUCAUUACCAUGGUAUAUAUCAAAGUACCACAGUGUUACUAUGUUUCUUGGCAUGAUACCAUGAUGACACUAAAGCCGCGUUUCCACCGCAGGAACUUUUCUCAGGAACUAGGAACUUUGAGGUGCU